UGAGAGAAAGUCCAUAAACACUUUGAAAGGGAAUCUCUUCUCAGCCUGUAAACGUUGAAUGAUUACUUUGGUGGUUCCUAUUUGUUCUCUACAUUCAACCAUUUCCGCUUGUCUCUCAAGAAUGAUGGAUUUCUUAUUGGAUUCGAUCGCCUGUUCUCUAAUCCAUUCCGAUUCUUCCGAUUCCUAGUCGCCUCUCUUCUUUUCUCCAAUUGAUUUCAGCAAUUUCGGUUCUCAAAUCGAAACCCCAUUUGUAUGCCGAACUAGAUUCAUCUCCACUUUUUUCCGCAUCCCCUUUUCGAUUCAUCCAGGAAUCCCAGCAGAAAGGGUUGAGACGGAGAUUUUUGCAUUUCUUCUUCACCCAAUUUCCGGAUUCCGAAAUGGCUGUUUGAAGGUUGCGAUGAUGAGGUAGGAUCGAAAGAAAGGCCUUGUGUCCCGAAUCGGGUGGGGCAGAAGAGGGUUCCUGACGGAUCGGUACACAGAAAGUGGGGGGCGUUGGGAGGUCAAUUGGGGGGUUGGGCUGGAGUGCAUUCUAAGCAUUGUUAGGGCACUUCGGAUGGGGUCCUGCUUGUCUGCGGAAAGCAGGGGCCCCAUUCCUGGUUCCCCAAACACUCCGGCUAAGCACCGUCGUAGCAAGAACAGUUCUAAGAGGCGAAAUGUUUCUCGAAAUUCCUCCUUUGGGGAUUCGUCACUUCAUCGGAUCCCCGGCAGGCUGUUCGGCAAUGGUGCCACUGAUGUCGCUUCUCUGUUCACGCAGCAGGGAAAGAAAGGGACCAAUCAAGAUGCCAUGAUUGUUUGGGAGAAUUUUGGCUCUAGAACUGAUACGAUCUUCUGUGGGGUUUUUGAUGGCCAUGGUCCCUAUGGCCAUAUGGUUGCGAAGAAAGUGAGGGAUUCUCUUCCUCUGAGGUUGAGUGCACAUUGGGAGGUCAACUUGACCACCGAUGAUGUUCAUAGAGAGAUCAACCUUAAUGCAGCAAGUGUAAACUCAGACGAAACAACCUCCUUUUUGUCUGCUAAUGAGGAGUCCCGGGCCUCCACCGAUCUCGAUGGAACGGAAAAGCAACCUGAAAUUUUCCUUACUUUGAAGGAGUCAUUUCUUAAGGCUUUUAGAGUUAUGGACUGGGAGCUCAGAAUGCACCAAACCAUAGAUUGCAUCUGUAGUGGCACUACAGCAGUGACUUUCGUUAAACAGGGUCGGGAUCUUGUCAUUGGAAAUGUUGGGGACUCCCGAGCCGUUUUGGGUAUGAGAGAUAAAGAUGACUCUCUUGUUGCAAUUCAAUUGACUGUGGAUCUUAAGCCAAAUCUUCCAGCUGAAGCAGAGAGAAUCCGUAAGUGUAAAGGUCGUGUCUUUGCUCUCCAAGACGAACCUGAUGUUGCUCGAGUUUGGCUUCCAGACAGCAACUCUCCUGGACUUGCCAUGGCGCGGGCAUUUGGAGAUUUCUGCCUCAAAGACUUUGGUCUUAUCGCUGUACCUGAAAUAUCAUAUCGACGGCUCACUGAAAAAGACGAAUUCAUUGUUCUGGCUUCAGAUGGAAUAUGGGAUGUUCUGUCAAACAAAGAGGUCGUAGAUAUCGUUGCAUCAGCUCGAAAACGUACUACUGCAGCUCGAACUCUGGUGGAGACUGCCAUUAAAGCAUGGAAACAUAAAUACCCAACUUCUAAGAUGGAUGACUGUGCGGUCAUUUGCCUCUUCCUUGACUCAAACUCCAGCAAUCCAUCUUCUGCUUCCAAUAACAAACUGGAUGAGCAACAAAGCUUAGUAGAUCAAGUCAGUACAGCAGUUGUGGUUGAAAAUCUCUGUGGCCCAAAUGGUCUGAAUCGUUCAGGAACCAUCGAAACGAGCAAGAACAUUUUGCAGGAUGGAAGCGAAGAAGAAGAAGAAGAUGAAUGGAAGGAGGAAGAACAGUCAGAAAUGGGAAUAGAAUGGUCUGCCCUGGAAGGGGUCUCGCGCGUAAACACUCUGGUAAACCUGCCGAGAUUCGAUCCUGGAAAAGAAGAUAAGGCCAGCCGGAAGUGAUGGAAGUACAUAAGAUUCAUCAGUGCCUUUGUUUUGGUACGAUUUUAUUAUAUCUCAUUUUUCUUGCUUCUGUUGUUCUGUUUAGAGAGUGAGAAUAAAAGGAGUCAUACAAAUUGAAGUUGAGAGAGGUCGGACCGGCCUUAUUAGUGUGUCUGGGAAAUUUAUCGACUCUCUCGUACCGGUAGAAAUCGAGUUUUGUAGAGUAUGAUGAUAGUAGAUAGGUAAACGACUUGGCAUCCGUUAUUGUUCUCAUAAAUUUGGUUGUAAUAAUUGUCUGUUAUUUGUAAUGUUGGCAACAAAUUUAGUGAUUGUAAGUAAAGUAAAGGCCGUAGAUUCAAGUUGGUUUGCAAAUCUUGUGUUGAAUUUGGUUUGAUGUA